AUGGCUCACGCGCAUGGCCACCAUGAGCUGCUGCAGCAGCGGGCCAAGUCUCCUCCACAAGUGGCCCUAGUGGUCUCUGUCCUGCUCGUGUGUCCUCUCCUCGUCCUCCUCCUGGUGCGCCGCUGCAUUGGAACCACGGCGUCGACGGCCACCGCAAGAGCCAGAGAAGAGCUGCUGAGCAAGCUGCCUUCGCCUCCCCGCAGGCUCCCCGUCAUCGGCCACCUGCACCUCGUCGGCCGCCUCCCGCACGUCUCCCUCCGUGACCUCUCCGCCAAGCAUGGCCGCAACGGCCUCAUGCUCCUCCACCUCGGCGCCGUCCCCACGCUCAUCGUCUCCUCGCCGAGCGCCGCGCAGGCCGUGCUGCGCACGCAGGACCACAUCUUCGCAUCCCGAGCUACCUCCCCCGUCACCGACAUCCUCUUCUACGGCUCCACGGACGUCGUCUUCUCGCCCUACGGCGAGCACUGGCGCCAGGUCAAGAAGAUCGUCUCCGCGCACCUCCUCGCCACCAAGAAGGUCCGGGAGAAAGGCCGGAAUAAACUCUUCCAAGAGCUCGUCGACGCGAACUCGUCCCUCCUAGGGGGUUUCAACCUAGAGGACUACUUCCCGGUGCUGGUGAAGCUGGACAUCAUCAAGAGGAUGGUGUGUGCAAAGGCCCACAAGGUGAAGAAGAUGUGGGAUGACUUGCUCAAUACACUCAUUGAUGACUAUGCAAGCAUGCCAGCGUCGAAAUGUGAUGGGGACGAGACUUACUUCAUUGAUGUCUUACUCUCUCUUCAAAAAGAGUGCAAACUCACGAGAGACCAUACUAAAGCGCUGUUGGAGGUCGUGUUCGAAGCUGGCACAGAUACAUCAUUCACAGUGUUGGAAUAUGCAAUGGUUCAGCUCAUGCGAAACCCCCGCCUCAUGAACAAGCUACAAGCCGAGGUGAGAAACGCUAUAGCCAAGGGAAAAAAGAUGGUUACAGAAGACGAGCUGGAUAGCUUAGGAUACCUAAAGGCAGUUAUCAAAGAGACACUUCGACUCCAUAUGCCGGCACCGCUCCUUGUGCCCCACUUCUCCAUGGCCGAUUGCAACAUAGAAGGAUACACGAUACCAUCAGGAACACGUGCCAUUGUCAAUAGUUGGGCUCUUGCAAGGGAUCCUAGCUAUUGGGAGAAAGCAGAGGAGUUCAAGCCUGAGCGGUUCAUGGAAGGAGGUAGUGCCACAGCUAUAGACAAUAAGGGAAAUGAUUUCCAAUACUUGCCAUUUGGGGCAGGGCGAAGGAUGUGCCCGGGUGCAAACUUUGCAAUUGCCAAUACCGAAAUCAUGCUCGCAAACCUUGUCUACCACUUCAAUUGGGAGCUCCCUAUGGAAUUAGCGAAGAAAGGCAUCGAUAUGACUGAAUCGUUUGGGGUGAUAGUGCGUCGUACAAAGAAACUCCUCCUUGUCCCUAUAGUUCCACAAGAUUAA